UAUCCACGAAUAUUGUACAUGAGAAAUUAAAUAUCACGACUAUAUAAUAACCAAUAUAUAUAUUUCAUAUCUAUAACUAACUUUAGUGACAUAGUAAUAGCCGCCAAACAAGACAAAGAAGAUGGUCUUAGUUAGCACUUCUGCAGUCACACGGGACUAUGACCGGAAAGCAGAGCUCACGGCGUUCGACGAAACCAAAACCGGCGUGAAAGGACUUGUAGAUGCCGGAGUUACAGAGGUCCCUCAGAUAUUCCGCCUACCUUCACCUCAAAACCAAAACUCCGAUCAAGAGCUUAAUCUUCCGACCAUCGAUCUCGAAGGAAUCAAUGAAGAUCCGAUCCGGCGAAAGGAGGUGAUCGAACAAGUGAAGGAUGCAUUGGAGAGUUGGGGGUUCUUUCAGAUGGUGAAUCAUGGUAUUCCGAUUAGUAUGUUGGAGGAGAUGACGAAAGGUGUGGUUGGGUUUCAUGAGCAAGAUAAUGAAGUGAAGAAGAAGUGGUACACCAGGGAUCAAAGUGGGAGGAGAAGGGUGGUUUACAACAGCAAUUUUGACUUGUAUUCUGCUCCGGUGACUAACUGGCGAGACUCUUUCUUGUGCACCAUGUUUCCUGAUCCUCCUCAACCAGAAGAGUUGCCAUCUCCUUGCAGGGAUAUUAUGUUGGAAUACUCAAGGCAAGUGAUGAAACUUGGAUCUUGUAUACUCAAGUUGAUAUCCGAGGCUCUAGGGCUCGACCCUAAUCACCUUUUAGACAUGGGAUGUGCUGAAGGGCUUGCUGUUCUCGGUCAUUACUAUCCUCCUUGCCCACAACCAGAGUUAACAAUAGGUACCAAUGACCACACUGACAAUGAUUUCAUCACGAUUCUUUUACAAGAUCAUGUUGGUGGGCUUAAGAUCUUUUAUCAAAAUCAAUGGACCGAUGUUCGCCCUAUACCCGGAGCUCUUGUAUUGAAUGCUGGAGAUCUUUUACAGUUAGUUACAAAUGACAAGUUUGUGAGUUCACGACAUAAAGUGAUGGCAAACAAGGUUGGUCCAAGGGUAUCGGUGGCAUCUUUCUUUAUGAAUUACCCGAAAAAUCCCACUAAGACCUUAAAGGUGCUUGAACCAAUCAAGGAAUUGCUUUCAGAAGAUAAUCCAGCCAAGUAUCGAGGCACAACUUUGAAAGAAUAUGUAGAUUACUACAGGGCAAAAGGACUUGAUGGCACUUCUGCUCUUCUUCAUUUCAAGAUCUAG